CCUUGCAUCAAUUUGACGGGAUGCUACUAUAGGAUAAUAGCAGAUGAACUAACUGAUGUUUAUUGCAUUUCUCUUAUUUUAAUAUGAAUGAUAUUAGACUUCACUGUGAAUGGGAACCAAACGCGUAUUCAGCUCAAAUCUUGCCUGCUUCAUUUCCGCAUGCAAUCGUUUGACAGCCACAAGUAAAGUGUGACAUGCAACUCACACCGCCACGGUCGAUCAGGACUAACACGUGCACGAGCUAACACGAGCUGCUGCAAACACUCCCAUCGUCUUGUGUGAUUCUUUGGGACAGUAAAUUGAUCACAGUAAGUGCUGCAGCCGAAUCAGCAGGGGCUUCAUUCACUAUACGCUGGGCUGCGCGCUCACACUGACCGGUUGCAGCACGGGGACCAUGGACGAGAAACCCAAAGAUGACAGCAGCCCUAAAAGACAAGAAUCGUUAUCCUACCAAAGGAGGAUGUGGAGAAAUUUCCAAGAGAAGACUAAACCGUGGUUGAGCCCAAAAUUGGGCUCCGAACGACGUAGCACAGAGAGUAAAAAAGAGACGGGAAUAUGGAUGUUCAAAAGGAAAAAGAAACAGUUGGACCGCGUCUUCUCCUCCUCUCAACCGAAUCUCGUAUGCUCUGGCCCGGCUCCUUUCCUGGAGGAAAACUCCCCAGAGCCCGGCAGUAGCUCGGGUCCAUCUCUGCAUCAUCUGGGGACUGCCGCUGGAGCAUCGACCAGUAUACCAGAGUUUACGGGGCACGGCAGCCCCAAUCUCGCCGUCUCUCAUUUAAUCAUGUCCCAUCAGAAGAGCUCAUCUCUCGGUUCUGCAUGCUUCGAGAAGCUGGUGGUGGAGUCUGGGGCCGUUGGAGAGGACGAACAACUGCGUAAAAACGCUAGUGAUUCAGGCAUCAAUAUUGUGGGGCCCAGUAAUGCAGAGCCCCCUCCCCCUCCCAGCCCAGAGAUGUACCAGCUGGACAUCAUAUUGAAGAUGGGACACAACCUCGCCAUCAGGGACAGGACAGGGACCAGCGACCCCUAUGUGAAGUUUAAGAUCGCGGGGAAGGAGGUGUUCCGGAGCAAGACCAUCCACAAGAAUCUGAACCCGGUGUGGGAUGAGAGGUUCUGCCUGCUGGUGGAUAGCCUGAGGGAGCCGCUCUACGUUAAGGUGUUUGAUUAUGACUUUGGCCUUCAGGAUGACUUCAUGGGGUCUGCCUACCUUUACCUGGAGUCACUGGAACACCAAAGGACCCUUGACGUGACCCUUGAUCUUAAGGACCCCCAAUAUCCUGAUAAUGACCUAGGCACCCUUGACCUUGCUGUCACUCUGUCACCGAAAGAGGGGGACUUCAGGGAAGCUCUUUUAAGAAGGAGCGGGAAACGAACUAGUAAGCAACAGAGUAUACGUCUGUCAGAUGUACACAAGAAAGCUCAGCUGUGGAGGGGAAUAGUGAGCAUCAGUUUAAUAGAAGGUCGCGACCUCCAACCCAUGGACACCAAUGGCUUCAGUGACCCUUACGUGAAGUUCAGACUGGGCCAUCAGAAGUACAAGAGCAAGACGAUACCGAAGACUCUGAACCCCCAGUGGAGGGAGCAGUUUGACUUCCACCUGUACGAGGAACAGGGGGGCUACGUCGACAUCACCGUCUGGGACAAAGACGCAGGCAAGAGGGAUGACUUCAUGGGCAGGUGUACGGUAGACCUGUCAGGCCUGAGUAAGGAGCAGACACACAAGCUGGACAUGCCCCUGGAGGAGGGCGAGGGCGUCCUGGUGCUGCUGGUCACCCUGACGGCCUCGGCUGCCGUCUCCAUCUCCGACCUCUCGGUCAACAUGCUGGACGACCCCCACGAGAGACACCAGAUCCUGCAGAGAUACAGUCUUCUGCGGUCCUUCCACAACCUGAAGGACGUGGGCAUGGUCCAGGUGAAGGUCAUACGGGCGGAGGGGCUCAUGGCAGCAGACGUCACAGGGAAGAGUGACCCGUUCUGUGUGGUGGAGCUCAGCAACGAUCGGCUACAGACUCACACUGUCUACAAGAACCUCAACCCUGAGUGGAACAAGGUCUUCACCUUUAACGUCAAGGACAUCCACUCGGUCCUGGAGGUCACCGUGUACGACGAGGACCGCGACAGGAGCGCCGACUUCCUGGGCAAGGUGGCCAUCCCGCUGCUCAACAUCCAAAAUGGAGAGCGCAAAGCCUACGCCUUGAAAAGCAAGGAGCUGACAGGGCCAACGAAAGGGGUCAUCUUUCUCGAAAUAGACGUGGUUUUCAACGCCGUAAAGGCAGGCCUUGGAACCCUGAUCCCCAUCGAGCAGAAGUACAUCGAGGAUGAGCCCAGAGUGUCCAAACAGCUGCUGUUACAGAACUUCAACAGGGUGAGGCGGUGCAUCAUGUUGUUCAUCCGGGCCGGCUGCUACAUCAACAGCUGCUUCGAGUGGGACUCUCCUCAGAGGAGUAUCUGUGCCUUCCUGCUCUUUGUUCUGGUGGUGUGGAACUUUGAACUCUACAUGAUCCCUCUGGCGCUGCUGGUGCUUCUGGCCUGGAACUACAUCCUCAUCGUGUCAGGGAAGGAUACCAGGCAAGAUGUGGUUUGCUAG